UGGACAGCCAUCUGAAUUCCCCGCUAGUCGAUUUCUACUCCGUGCUUUCCACGCCCCCUUGUGACGUGCACGUCAUUUCCCGGAGUCAUACAGCUUGUGUGUGCAAACGGAGAACGAAGACAUAAGAUGCAAUGCAACGCAACGGCUAGUUGUUGCUAUAAAAAGACAGAUGCUGCUUGUGCAUCCCGGAGGACCAAAGGAACGUGUUACGAUCCCACGUUUUCCGGAUAGUAACUCCAGCAGAUAACCAGAUACAUCAAAAGUGCUGUUAGUCAGCUAAAUAAUUUAGCUGUCAUUCUGCAGGUCUUGUAUGGUGCAGUCGAAAUACGCUGAUGAGGGAAGGUGUGUAUUAAUUAGCAUCCAUUAGCGACAAUCAGUUGAAUAGCUAAAUAAAUAAGUAUUCGAGCAGCCAAUUCAUCACUAUCAUGGACGGAGUGUGGUGGGCCUGUCCGAGCUCAUUUCAAAGCAAGAGAAGCCGCGGUGUAUCUCGGUUCGGUUCUCCCAGAGCGGUGACUAAGAAACAAAGAUCAACGUUCGUUAUUCUCUUAACUUAUAUCUUGGUUUUUGGACUAUCGUCCUCAUCGGAGGCGAAGGAAUGCGACAAACCGUGUCUGAACGGACAGUGUAAUCUGGCAAGCGGCACCUGCUUGUGCGAGCCCGGCUGGGUUGGGGACCAAUGCCAGCACUGCGGGGGACGUUUCAGGCUGACAGGUUCCUCUGGUUAUCUGACUGAUGGCCCAGGGAACUAUAAGUAUAAGACCAAGUGCACCUGGCUUAUAGAGGGACAGCCCAACACUAUCCUGCGGCUACGGUUCAACCACUUUGCCACAGAAUGCAGCUGGGACCACCUGUAUGUGUAUGAUGGAGAUUCAAUCUACGCACCCCUUUUGGCUGCCUUCAGUGGUCUGAUUGUGCCAGAGCAUGAUGCUAACGAGACGGCCCCAGAGGUGGCGUCCACAUCCGGCUACGCCCUACUGCACUUCUUCAGCGACGCAGCCUACAACCUCACUGGCUUCAACAUAUCAUACAGGAUGAACAGCUGCCCGAACAGCUGCUCCGGUCACGGGGAGUGCCGUACGCAGAGCGGCAGUGGGGCGGUGUACUGCGCGUGCGUGGGGCGCUGGAAAGGGGAGGCCUGCGACGUCCCCUACUGCGCGUCUGCCUGCGGGUUUCCCGAGCGUGGGGUCUGCAGACCCACUGCCACCAGGGACUGCCUGUGUCACCAGGGCUGGCAAGGUCCUGACUGCUCAAUCCCAGUACCGGCAAAUCGCUCCUACUGGACCAGGGAGGAGCAUGCGGUCCGUGGUCUGGCCCGGACCUCACACAAGGCUGUGGUGCACCAGGAUAUCAUGUGGGUGAUCGGAGGCUACGUGUUCAACUCCUCCAACUACGAGAUGGUCAAAGCAUACAACCUGAGCUCCCAGAGCUGGCUGCCCCUCAGUCCCUCAGCAAACACUGUCACAGGCUGCUAUGGGCACUCACUGGCCCUGCAUGAGGACAAAAUCUACAUGUACGGAGGAAAAACAGACUCCACUGGCAACGUCUCGAGCCAGCUGUGGGUGUUCCACGUGCACAACCAGUCCUGGGAGCUGGUCAGCCCAAACGCCAAGGAGCAGUAUGCCGUGGUGGGGCAUUCCGCCCACGUGGUCCAGCGGGCGCAGGACGGCCCCGUCAUGCUCGUCAUCUUCGGGCACUGCCCAUUCUACGGCUACAUCGGCCAGGUGCAGGAGUACAAUAUCGCCACCAACGCUUGGCGCAUCCUGCAGACAGGGGGCGCCCUGGUGCAGGGUGGGUAUGGGCACAGCAGCACCUAUGACCCCGAAACCCGUGCCAUUUACAUCCAUGGUGGGUAUAAGGCUUUCAGCGCCAACAAGUACGGGCUGGCAGACGACCUCUACAAGUAUGACGUGGACACCAGCAUGUGGACCAUCCUUAAGGACAGUGGCUUUUUCCGUUACCUGCACACGGCUGUGAUCGUGAACGGCACCAUGCUGGUGUUUGGGGGGAACACGCACAACGACACCUCCAUGAGCAACGGCGCGAGGUGCUUCUCUUCCGACUUUGUGGCCUAUGACCUCGCAUGUGAUGAUUGGUCGGUAUUGCCCAGACCGGACCUCCACCAUGAUGUCAACCGUUUCGGGCACUCGGCUGUCUACAGCAACAGUAUAAUGUACGUGUUUGGAGGUUUUAAUAGUCUGGUCCUGAGCGAUGUUCUGAAGUUCAUCCUGGCCAGCUGCUCGGCGUUCCCCAGUGCGUUGUCAUGCCAUUCAGCCUCACCAGGGAUCCAGUGCCAAUGGAACAGCAGUCUGGAGGCCUGCUUACCCUGGGCGGGAUCCAGUACCUCUGAAGAACAGAAGGCCCUGGUCUCCUGCCCUCCCAAAACAUAUGGGGACAAUGAGAGGUGUGACCAGUACAAUGACUGCUAUAGCUGCACAGCCAACACCAAUGGCUGCCAGUGGUGCGCUGAACAGUGCAUCUCCACAAGCAGCAACUGCACUGCUGUCACGGGGCCGAUUGCAGAGUAUGAGACAUGCCCCAAAGACAACCCUGCCUACGUGUGCAACAAGAAGACCAGCUGCAAGAGCUGUGUAAUGGAUCAGAACUGCCAGUGGGAGCCACGCAACCAAGAGUGCAUCGCCCUGCCCGAGAACAUCUGUGGAGAGGGCUGGCACCUGGUGGGCAACUCAUGCCUGAAGUUCAUCACUGCAAAGGACUCUUACGACAACGCCAAGCUAGCCUGCCGUAGCCAUAACGCUGUGCUGGCCUCUCUCACCACGCAGAAGAAGGUGGACUUUGUCCUAAAGGAGCUGCAGAUCAUGACUGUGUUGUACAAGGCCCCGGUGACGCCCUGGGUGGGCCUGAGGAAGAUUAACAUCUCGUACUGGUGCUGGGAGGACAUGUCUCCAUUCACCAACACCUCCCUGCAGUGGCUGCCCGGCGAGCCCAGCGACGCCGGCUUCUGCGGCUACCUUGCCGAACCCGCCCCCAGCGGCCUGAAGGCCGCCACCUGCGUGCACUCCGUCAACGGCAGCCUGUGCGAGCGCCCAGCCAAUCACAGCGCGAAGCAGUGCCGCACCCCCUGCGCCCUGCGUGCCACUUGCAGCGAGUGCACCAGCAGCAGCUCCGAGUGCAUGUGGUGCAGCAACAUGAAGCAGUGCGUGGACUCCAACUCGUACGUGGCCUCCUUCCCCUUCGGGCAGUGCAUGGAGUGGUACACCAUCAACAGCUGCCCGCCGGGGAACUGCUCCGGCUACCGGACGUGCAGCCAGUGUCUGGACCAGCCAGGCUGCGGGUGGUGCACCGAACCCAGCAACACGGGGCGAGGCCAGUGUAUGGAGGGCUCCUAUCGUGGGCCAGUCCAGGCCUCGGGCCUCUCCUCCCUGCAGGAGCCCACCCUCAACCUCACCUUGUGCACUCAUGAGGCCCAAUACAACUGGUCCUUCAUCCAUUGUCCUGCAUGUCAGUGUAACGGCCAUAGCAGAUGCACUAACGAGAGUGUGUGUGAGAAUUGUGAGGACUUGACUGCUGGGAGGCACUGCGAGAGUUGCAUCUCUGGUUACUAUGGAGACCCCACUAACGGUGGCACCUGCCAACCCUGCAAGUGUAACGGUCAUGCCAGCAUGUGUAACCCCAGCAACGGGAAGUGUUACUGCACCACCAAAGGCAUCAAAGGGGAUCGUUGCCACUUGUGUGAGGUAGAAAAUCGUUACCAAGGCAACCCCCUCAAAGGAACCUGCUACUAUACACUACUGAUUGACUACCAGUUUACAUUCAGUCUCUCUCAAGAAGAUGACCGAUACUACACUGCUAUCAACUUUGUAGCCUCUCCGGAAGAGCAAAACCGGGACCUAGACAUGUUCAUCAACGCAUCAAAGAACUUCAACUUGAACAUCACUUGGGCAACCAACUUUCCCGCAGGCACUCAGGUGGGAGAGGAGAUCCCGAUUGUGUCGAGGGGCAACAUCAAGGAGUUUAAGGGCAGCUUCUCCAAUGAGAAGUUUGACUUCCGCAACAAUCCCAACAUCACCUUUUAUGUGUACGUCAGCAACUUCACCUGGCCCAUAAAAAUACAGAUCGCCUUCUCCCAGCACAGUAACUUCAUGGACCUUGUGCAGUUUUUUGUCACUUUUUUCAGCUGCUUCCUGUCUCUGCUGCUGGUGGCCGCCGUGGUAUGGAAGAUCAAGCAGAGCUGCUGGGCAUCCCGACGCCGAGAGCAACUCUUGCGUGAAAUGCAGCAGAUGGCAAGUCGCCCAUUCGCCACUGUCAAUGUUGCCUUGGAGACAGACGAGGAGCCACCUGACCUGAUUGGAGGAAGUGUCAAGGCUGUGCCCAAGCCAAUUGCGUUGGAGCCUUGCUUUGGGCACAAGGCAGCCGUGCUGUCCAUCUUCGUCCGACUGCCCCGGGGAUCGGGAGGCAUCCCGCCGCCUGGACAGUCUGGACUAGCCGUGGCAAGUGCAUUGGUUGAUGUCUCCCAGCAGAUGUGUCUGGCCUACAAGGAGAAGUCUGGAGCCAUCAGGAAUCGCAAGCAGCCUCCUUCAGCGCAGCCAGCCACCUGCAUUUGAUGCGCCCAGCCUCCAAUCCCACCCACCGACCUGAACCUGACCCCCUUGGCCCCACCCAUGUCACAGACCAAGGGCUGGGGAAAGAGACAAGGAGUCUGUUCUUUAGGGGGAACCUAUGGCUGGGAUAUUCUGGGGGUGGGCUUAAACAGUGAACUCACUGCAAUGGACAACUGAGAUCCAAGGAACCAAAUGAUAUCAGGCAGAAAGGAGGAUAACGCAAAUGGCCUGACCAUGUUUAGUGGGAACUCAGUGUUAAUGGAACAUCAUCUCUUCCUCACUCUUGGCACACCUUCCUGUCCUGACAUUUGCCUGUAUUGUGCACUGGUUGUUCUUUUUAGCAUUUAUGAGAAAUGGCAAACUUGCUUAUUAUUUGUGAUGGAAUGUGUUCCCUGUAUAUGGGAACCCACCCACUUCAUCCUGUAACCCUCCCCUAUUAAAACAAGGGCACAACUGUGGGCAUGGCCUAUGAAACAGAUACCUUAGUCAGACCCUAUCGAUUGAUCGGAGAGAUGGAGGCCAUUUGCAUCAAUGAAGCACACCCUUGCAAUUAAGCUUGAGUGAGCUUUAUGCUUGUGAUUAUGAGUGCUGCAGUCCUGGUGCUACAAUCUGCAGCCUGUUUUUAGCAGACCCCGGUGCAAGGGAGAUAUAAAAAAUCCCCUAACCAGAUUAACAUACCAUUGUUGAAUCUCAGUUCAAGUACAAGAGUUCUGGUAAUGGCCACACUAUGGAUAUUCAGGAGCUGGAAGGCUAUUUUGUUUCAAAAUAAUUGAAUCAACAUGUAUCCAUAGUGAAGAAUUAUCUGAACCAAACUCAUCACUGCUUUUGAAUGUUGUCGAGAUUGCACCUGACACCUGAUAGACAGGUGAUACAGAAGUUGAUCAUGAUAGCAGUACUUUGUAUCAUUGUUAAGAUAAUUGGAACUGUUCUGCAAAGUUGUAUUAUUGCUAUUCAAAGUGGUAUCAUUGUGAUUCUAUGGCUUUGGAGACCCCAUAUUCAUAGCCAACUCACACGCUAUAGUAUUCAUGAUCACCUUCGUGUGAACGAUUGCAGAAACAGUACUGUAAAGUGUGAAAAGUUUGACAUUUCCUUGACCACAGGAUAAUAUAUCAAGUGUAGUAUUUCCUGUCAAGUUCCUCCCCGAUGGUGGUCUGAAUGUAUUUGGUGCAAACUCUUCCAAUGUAACACAAGCUGAAUGAACAGGAAGAAUAGAUCAAAAGAUGCAGCUGCUAAAGAAAGUUAGUAGAAUUAGAGAAUUUGUAGUCUAAUCUAUCCCAAUGAUAUUCACAGUUUACUUGCAAGUAUUUAUAGUAUGAGUUUCCUCUUCACACUUGGGUGUGUGGGUUGUCUCAGAAUGGAUGGUUCCACAUGCAACUCUUUUCCACAUUAACCUUGCUACAACACAACUCAUUCAACAGGCUACAAGCAGGAGAUAAAGGAACUUGUGUGGAAAAACUUUUUUAUUAUGUGGAACAACAAACUUUCUGCCAAGGUUCACUACACUGAACAAAAAUUUAGACAAGUGAAAUAAAAAUUAUAAUUACUGUCAUAUUUUAAAAGAAAUUGAUGAAGCGUACAAAAAGAUAACGCAUUCAUUAAUGUAUCUGCCUUCAUUUUAAUUUGACAUUGUUGCCACCCAACUGAUCUCUCCUAUAAAUACAUUGCAUUAGUUAAAUUCAAUAAAGCGUGAACAGGGAACAUUUUCUUACAAAUUGCUGCUUAUGUACAUUGCGCUCAAUGUAGACAAAAAUAUUUUUCUUUUUGAGAUACAAGGUAAGCCGCCAAAAACCAUUUCACCCAGGGAUGUGGUUUCCUCAAAGACACAUUCAAUGCAUGAUUGGAUAGUACAAAUAUGGGAGUAUGGCCAACAGACUAUUCAGAGCCAAGAAGAAAGACAAGGAAGGCCACACAUAGCUUUGUGGGAGUGUAUGGGGAAGAACACUUUCAGCUUCUAUUGGAAAAUUGUGACUGGAAUGCAGCUGUAUUACACUCAAAUUUAGGCAACUGUAGGUUUUCAGUUUCCCUUAAGCAGUGGGUUCUUUGUCCUUUAUUGUGCUGUAAUUUAUUAGCCAAGGUAAGUGCAUACAUGCUUUGGUUAAAAGGUCAUAGGUCAAACUUGGGUCCAUCCUAUUCUUAGCCGGCACUUCUGUGACUUUAUCCUGGGAUGUUAACACAAAAACAGAUAAAUGUUGAUGCAAAAAUGCCAGACAAACACAUUCAACUAUUAGUGUAAUGUUCAGCUAACAUUUUAACAAAAUACUAAUCCAAACAGUUUGGAUGUAAGACUAGUCGUCCCUGUCCCACUUUUGUGUGCCUUUAUCCACUCAGCCUGUGGGCAACGCUAAGUUAAUCAAUGAAAAGGAUUUGAUAGGACAGUACCUGUGGUGAUUCUAACCAUUGAUUUUCAUGAUCAAGCUGUCAACUAUGUUGUCAUUGAACGUCCAAAUAUGUGUGAUAGACCCCUUAAUUCAUAGUUUCUGUAAUAGGCCACUAAAGCUUGGUGUCCAGUUUGUAUUUGGAUUAUGAAAAGUUAUGUGUAUACUUCAGUACUGAGAGAGUCAACAAAGGUUUGUGUCAUAGGCAUUAACUGGUAAAUUUCAGAUAAGGCGAAUCAAAGAUGAGCAAAUGUAGCUAAUUCACCAGCUGCAAUCUCUCCAUUCAUGAUCAUGACCCCUCACAUUCAUCAAAAAGAGUUCCAGGGAAACAAAUAAUAGAUUUUAUUUUGGCCCUUUUGCAAGUUUUAUGUCUCUUCAAAAUCACAAAAUGCCAGCCAUAGUCUUGCGAGCGAAGACUUGAGACAAGAAUAUAUUUUUGCUGGGGAAGCUAACUUGGACCCAGUAGGGCUAAUUCUGUACAAAGAGGCAUCAUUGGAUUGGAGCCUCUGCAUGAUUGAUUGACAGAUUCCAACCUGUUUUUCAAGACUUUUCAGGACUCCAACAUUCCUGCAGGAAAUCAGUAGUGUUAGUAAGCCAGAACAAAGGUGGAAAUGUACUUUUCCACAACUUCUGACCCAAGUUUUAUGUUUCAGCAUUUGAACAGUGAGGAAAUUUCCCCACCCCCUGCUUUUGUCUACUAAAUAUAAGCAAUCUUGACAAUGCCCUAAUGCAGUUUGUUUACAUGUUUCCUGCAAUGCAGAAUUCCAGAAGAUUGGGAAUCAAAUGGUUAGGACAAUAAGGUAGAGUCUUUUAGUAAAAUAUUUUUUGUCAUAUAAAGAAGGUUUUCGUUAUGUGCUGUGAAGCCAGAGUUGUUUGGAUGUUCUUUUUUGGAAGCACCGUACCUCCCUAACAGCAGGGACCUGAAGAUAAAUAUUUUUUUUACCGCAGGUCCCCAACAAGCUUGGCUGUGCAUGUUUGGCUCUGCAGGGCAACUGCAUUCACUUAUCCUUUCUAUCUGUUUGCGCAAAAGCACUUUUUUAUCUGGUGGGCUCAAAUAUCUUAAAUCGCAACCCAUUCUUUAAGGAGAGUUUUAUGCCUUGUCAUGUCUGCUGAAAUAAGCAACAGCCGAGAAUAAAGGUAAACCAUUGUAUGUCACCUCCUAAAGAUUUUCUCUGGAAAUGUCAAAGGCAGUUUUCAGGCAGGGAACAGAUGUCUGAGAGCUUGAAGCACAAAGGAACUAAUAAUUGAUUUUAUUAUUUUAUUUGUAGUUAUUUUCAAUGAGGCUGCUAGACUUUCUGAAUACAGAAAAUUGUGUGGUCUGCUGGCACUGGCAGUCUCGCUGAUAGUUGUGUAAGCAGCGGAGCAAACCCACCCUAGGCCUGCCUUCUUACAUGUUAGUCUGCUCUCUCUUUUCUUCUCUUUUUAUUUCUUAUCCUUUUUGGCUGGACCGCAACAGCGGGGCCAGCCAUACAAACGCACAAAACAUGUCUGUGACUGAGUGACUGAGUGAGUGAUGAAGUUACACCAUUGGUCGGCCGGAGAGGUCCAGCCAUAUACUAGGUUUUGACCUGGUCUUGGUUCCUCAAGAAUGAGCUACAGUGCAGAGGUUGAUCUGCAGCAGCAGAAUCCAAACCGAACACCUGAUUGGCUUACACACACAUGCGCGCACACACACACACACACACACCUCACUGUUGGGUUCAAUGAACAAUUGUGGCCAGUGAUGAGUGACCUUCAUGAAACCCCUUAGUGGCCAGAGCUGUCAUGUCCCAUCAGUUUGCUGGUCAGAACCAAUCAGCAUUUAGCUAAGGGGUCCUUCAAGAAAUGUUCCCUGAAGCAUCAGUUUCACUAAUUUAAAUCUGAGUGCUAUAGCCAAGUGUCUUUGAUCGGUCAAGCCUAUAUCUGCUAUUUACUCUCUCAUCAGCCCCAGGUCAGACUGAUACUGGCCCUGUACUGAUUAUUCGAAAUAAUUUGUAUUGAUUUCUGAGUGAAGAGACUAACACAGUAAAUUUCUGCACAUCACAUCAUCAGCUAUUGAUAGAUUAGUUAACGUUCUUUAUGGUACUGCUGCGAUUGGUGGGUUCCCUUGAAGAAAGAUUAUCUCUUGACUGAAUGUAUUUUUGAAAUGCCCUUUGGGUCAAUAGCCAUCAAUAAAUAAAUGAAUGUCCAGAAAUAAGUAAACAUGAAUUCAUUUUUUACCAGUAAUUGACUCAUAAAUUGCCUCAGAAUCCCCACAGUUAAUGAAGAGGGCCUAGAAAACCUGAACUUCUGCAUUGCAGUGUGUUCUGUAGUAUGCAUAAUUAGCAAAUAUUGGUAUGAAGUGCCUCCUGUUUAAUACUGAGCCUAGCUCAAUUGCGAAAUGGAUCCGUAUUAAAAGUGGAAUAAUUGCACUGCACACAAAUCAUAACACUUCAUAAGGAGAUGUAGGCAAGGACAGAGAUGGCCAGUACACUAAAUACUUUUUUUUUUU